AUGUCUGCACUAGAGAAGUCUCCCUUCGACGAACCUAAUGCUAAGCACUGGUGUGAAACAAUCGAUUUCGAGUUGGUCGGAACAGACUGUGCACCCAAAUGGUACCUCUCUUGGGAAAGGCAAACAGCGAAACUUACCUUCAAAAUCUUGCAGAAUCAAGCAAAGGAUUGCGAAUUCUGCCAGCAACUAGCCGACUUAAUACUUAAUCGACUAAGAGUGAACACGAAUAUUCACACCGACAAUGAUGAUCUCAUGAUACUUGACGAUGCGGAAAAUGUGUCAUUUACUGUUGCUAUCAAAGACAACGUCGCGGUCCCGAACUGGUCCUUUGGCUUUGGAGGUUCCUCGUUGAGGAAAAUAGUCACUAUAUGGGUCGCAGCACCGUCCAAGGUAUUUGGAACCAAGCAUUUUGAUAUAGUGCUCCAGAGAGCUGGUUCAGGAGGUCGUGUUCCAGUUUCUGUCGACUAUGUCGACGAGCUGAAGAAUGGUGAUGUCGAAUUCCUACCACCUGGUAGUUGGCGUGUUGAUGAACUGCCAGAUGAAUCUGACGAAAACACACCAAAGGAAGACCUCUCGUCAGUAGGGAUAUCCAAAAAGGUGGUAGGCGCCCUGAACCCAACAUUCGGAAGGCCAAGGCCGCUUCUCAUCGAAUUUGACAUACUGAGGAAGUGGAUGAGUAUCUGUGAUGAGUAUCACAGCAUCUGCCAGUAUGAUCAAGAACCCAUCAGCAUUCCCCAGUUUCGAUUGAUUGACAUUAAGAAAAAAUGCGUCGUGCAGGUUGACGGAAGCAAGAGGCCUCCUUUUGCAACUUUGAGCUACGUCUGGGGCAGAAAACCAUUCCUCAGACUGGUCAAGGCCAAUAUUGAUGAACUGGAGGAAGAAGGUUGUCUUGAACGUUUGGAGCUGCCACCUACUAUCCAAGACGCGAUUACCAUCUGCGAGGAGCUUUGGAUUGACCAUUUGUGGAUUGACAGCCUGUGCAUCAUUCAAGACGAUGAAUCAGUCAUGCUCGAAGUGGUCGAUAAGAUGGACUCUAUCUACCGGGAGGGCAUUCUUACUAUCAUCGCUGCAUCUGGAGCUGAUGCAUACAGCGGCAUUCCUGGCGUUCGUCCCAAUACGCGAUUUUUGGAACAACGUGCCCUGAACGUACGAGGAGUGCAGCUCCUCGAUUCCGUGGACGAGCAUCAAUUUCGUGUCUACUACGAGGGCAGAGAUCCAGAGUGGAUCAGCAGCGCUCCCUGGUCCCGACGAGCCUGGACGUUUCAAGAAGCUCUUGUUUCCAGAAGAUCACUGUUUUUCACAUCGGAGCAAGUGUAUUGGAGCUGUCGCGAGGGACUUAUGAGUGAGGAUACCACUGAGCAUCUUGAUCUGGAAGCUUUUGCAAAACCGCAUGAAGAUCGCUAUGACUCAGAUUAUAGUCCUGGAGAGUACGAGAGUAUUGCCGUUACAUUUUCAACUCGUUCACUCACAUACGAGGCCGAUAUAGGCAGAGCUUUCCAGGCAACGCAAAAUUAUCUUGAAAAGAAAUGGCCGGGUUUUAAGAUCUCGUGGGGUCUACCUCACUAUACCUUUGGACCUUGUCUUAUGUGGGAGCGGCCAUUUAAAGAAGACCGACGUCUGCGUGAGGGUACACACGCUGUGAGACAACAUGAUGGUACCAUUGUCAAGGUGUCUUUUCCAAGCUGGUCGUGGAUGGCCUGGACUGAAGGUUCACGACUGAUGGUCUUUUACGGGGAUGAGCCAAGCCCUCACAGUCCAUGGUACUUUGUCUUCGACUCGGCCUCUGAGCUGGUUGCCAUUCCUUACGGAGAAGGCUAUGAAGUAGUGUCGCCACUAGCAGAGCUGUUAUCUAACGGAACUGGUUUCAGGAGAGAAGCUGUAACAGAAGACGUUCUCCCUCCUGAAUUGCACAUAUCACCAUCACUCAGACAUAUCGCUCUAUCUUUCUACACAGAGGUAGCAACAGUGCGAUACAAUCCCGCAGACGUCAUUAACUACCCACCAAGGGAUCUCCAAAUGAAGAGUUACGAAUAUCCGUUCUCCAUCAAAGUCGGACAGAAGUUCUACCGAAUUUUAGAAGAAGAUCAGGACAAAGAUGGAUUGGUGGAGAUUGAUCUGGUAGCAGUGUUCAGUGGCAAGAUGACAAAGCCGCCCAAGUUCCGCGGAGAGUAUAGACUGUAUUGUUGGCCUGUUGUCAAGAAAGGUGGACUAAGGCAACGUGCGUCGGAUUCAAGUACUGUCAUCUUUUUGCGUCUUUGGCGUGAGUUGCCGGGGAUUAGAUGGGAGCUGGUUACACUGAUAUAG